UUUCAAUCUAAAGUAAAUACACCAGAGAACUUCUCUGAAUUGGGCUUCUUUGAACUCAUUUUCACAGACGAACUCCUUGAUCUAAUAGUGACAGAAAUAAAUAGAUUUGCAUCUGACUUCAUUUCGAAAACAACUCUGAGUGAAUAUUCAAGGGUAAAGAAAUGGAAAUACCUCUCUGUACAGGAUCUUCGUGUACUGAUGUUGAUGGGAAUUACAAAGCGGCCCACUAUUCAGUCGUACUGGACAACUGAUGAAUUUUUCAUCAUCCCUGUUUUUGGCAAACUCAUGUCUGUCAAUCACUUUCUACUCAUUGCAAAGUUCCUGCACUUUACUGACAACAGUCUGGCUGUUCCUGGAAAUAAAUUUUCCGCCAAUUAUAUGAACCUGGGGAAAAUUGUCUAUGGACGAGUCAUUGAUGCUAUGGAAGGGCCUGGAAACGAUACACGAAAGACUAAGCUGCAAAAUGGGGGAUCAAAUCCUAUGAGCUCUAUGAGUCUGAUGAGUAUGCUCGUGGUUGACUUGAAUGCAUACACAGGCAAGGCAGUUGAACCAUCAGAAAUCCCUGUAACACAGAAAGCUGUCUUAGACCUCGUGGACUCUGGUGGCUUCAUCCCAGAUCUUCUCAUGAAGCUGAAGUCAUUGGGAUAUAACAGCUGUGGUACAGUGCAAGCUGGC